UGCACACAACAUGUGUAAGUCCAAGUCUCCAUGCAUAUAUGUCCAAACAUGGCAAUCUCAUCGCCGCUCAGUUUGAUUUCAUCAAUUUUCAACUCAAUAGCCGAUAAGCACUACAUUUGAGCUCAUCAUCUCUUCUCUUAUGUUUCAUCUCUCUUUCACAACUUCACUUCACAUUACACUCAAACACUACUCAUAUGGCCAGUCUUGUUGCAUUAUUUGGUGCAGUUCUGGUCACAAUCCUUGUGCUCUUGGUUCCUAAAGUUGUAAGUGAUGACUUUGAUUCAAUUCCUUCAGAUAAAUCACAGUUGUCUGCGUGGUUCGAUAAAAAUGUUGCCCUGGCCAGCGUGCGUAAAGACUUGGAUCCGGCCUUAGCCAUGGCAGAAUCGAAGCAGCCAAGAAUUAUCUAUGUGAAGCAAGAUGGAAGUGGAGAUUUCAAGACAAUCAGCGAGGCUAUCAAGAGUGUUCCCAGAAGUAAUCCGUGUCGCGUUAUAAUUAGCAUUGCUGGAGGGAAUUAUUUUGAGAAAUUGUUGGUGGAUCGUUACCAAACAUUUGUUACACUCUAUGGAGAUCCGAAUGAUGUUCCGGUUAUAUCGUAUAAUGGUGAUGCUAAAACAUAUGGAACUACGAAUAGCGGGACUCUGACGGUUGAAGCCACAGCUGAUUAUUUCAUGGCUGUUAAUCUCAAUAUUGUAAAUACAGCGCCAAGGCCGGAUGGGCGACCUCUGGCACAAGCGGUGGCAUUGAGAGUGAGUGGCAAAAAUGGAGCAUUCUACAACGUGAAACUGCAGGGGUUUCAGGACACGUUAUGUGAUGAUGCGGGGAACCAUUUGUUCAAGGACUCUUACAUCGAAGGAACUGUGGAUUUUGUAUUUGGCAACUCGAAAUCUUUGUAUUUAAAUACGGAACUACAUGUAUUGGAUGGAAGACAAGAAGAUGUGAUCACCGCGCAUGCAAACGAUGAUCCUAAUGCAGAUUUGGGAUUCUCGUUUGUGCAUUGCUCUGUAACAGGAACCACCACAAAGACCUACUUGGGUAGAACCUGGAGAUCGCAUCCUAAGGUGAUUUUUUCGUAUACUGAUAUGGGUGAUGUUGUUUACCCUCAAGGCUGGUCGUGCCUAGGCAGACCACAGUAUGCAGAAACUGCAUAUUUUGCGGAAUUUGAGAACAGAGGACCAGGAGCGAUGCCAGAGCAGCGCGCAGGUUUUGUAAAGAAGUUAUCUGAUGCUGAUGCUAAACCAUUCAUAACUCUUGGGCAUAUUAAUGCAUCUGGAUGGCUGCUUCCUCCUCCUACGCUUUAA